UAAAUGGCAGCAAUUUGUCGUAGAACGACAAGGAGGCAGCCGUAAUGUGAUGUUUUUGUCCCUCCAACAUUCCGUAGUGACGUCAAACACCAGUAGAAAACAUGGCGGCCGUCCUCGCGAGGAGGGUGUCGGGACUGCUGAGGCCGCUGUCUGUGGCGCUGUGCGCCCGGACACCGCAGACGGCUCAACUGUCCAACUUCAUAAGGUCUCAGCCUCUCUGCAUCUCUUCGACCAUCCACGCUCCUGUGCAGGCAACAACCUGUCAACUACCCCCGCGCGGCCUCCUCCAACGAGUUUUUGCUCUUAGUCCACCCUUGAGGCAGCAGCCGAUCAGACAUUUGACAUACUACAGUGUAAAGAAAGGGAAGAGGAAGUCUGUCAAGUCUGUGACAGAAAGGUUCAUGAGGUUGCAUUGUGGCCUGUGGGUUAGACGUAAGGCUGGAUACAAGAAGAAACUGUGGAAGAAGAGCCCCGCCAGACGAAAGCGACUGAGGGAGCACGUCUUUUGUAAUAGAACGCAGUGUAAACUUCUAGAUAAAAUGACAACACAGUUUUGGAAGAGGAGGAACUGGUUUGUGGCUGAUCCAUACCAGAAGUACCACGACAGGGUUAACCUCAAACUUUAAGUCAUGUACUCUUUUUCUUGUUCUAUAAAUGUUACCAUCAUGUUCUAUAAAUGUGAAAAAUCACACACUAUGGUAUACCCUGUGUUGCUUU